GAAAAUAUUUGUAUCUGUGUGUGUGUGCGUUUAUCUAUGUGUCCUGGGGCCCCUGUGUAGCACCGGCGAUGCAUCGGCGACGCGGCGCGCUGCUCCGACCCCAUCUCUGGGAGGCCCCCGUGCUUGCCCCUCGCGCGUCGACCUGCACCAGACGACCAGCAGUUUCGGGGACGGCAUCAUCCUCGCGGGCCUCGCCGCAGACUCCCUGCUGUGGAGGCUGCAGCUCUGCGCCAGCCUCGUGGCCUCGCGGACCGGGUCGCGCGGCGAGCCGCCGGCGCGGGUCGUCGUGGAGGCGGACUUCCUCGACGGCCCAGACCGCUCGUGGCGGCGGCCUUCGGGCGGCGUCGACCUCGCCGCCAGGCCUCGAAGCACCCGGCAUCGCUCGGGCGUGUGCAUUUGUUUUUCUCGGCGAGGACCAUCGAGGAGCAUUCUUGAUCAUUUGGCGAAAAAGCCACGCACGAAACCGAAAAAGGCGCAGGGAAUGGACGUCCGAGCGAUGGCGAGAGCAGGAAAAGACUGAAUAAACAUAAACAUUCGGAACUCCUGGCGGAUGUCUUCGAUGGGCCCCCGUGGCGCGCUCCGCGCGCCAGGGAGGGAGGUCCAGCGCGAGAUCCGCGGGUACCUUCGAAAGUUUAUCUUUACGCAGUUGUCUUUUCUAAGGCCGUUCCUGCCGAUGGUGGCCAAGGCGGACGUGACGUUCGAGGUGGGCCCCGUGGCCCACGGCACGCUGCGCGCCGAGGCCACGGCGCGGGCGCGCAGCCUGGUACUGGACACGCUGGGGUGGCUGGACCGGCUGAACCGCGGCCUGCUCCGACCCGAGGAGGCGGCCGCGAAGGCUCUGGUGGUGUACGUGCAGGGCCGGUCGGUGGACUACCCGCGCUUCGAGGACGGGUCCAUCUCCGCGUGCAUCGCGCCGUCGCUGCAGGACCGCGACUUCGAGCUGCUGCGCCCGGGGGACCCGGUCUUUCAGGACCUGGUGACGGGGGAUUUGAUCCUGUGGGAGGGCGAGGAGUGUUACCCAAUAUUCAUCAACGAGGCCAGCUACACCGAGAAGCGCAUUGCGUUUACCGUGACCUACCGGCACGUGUUGCGUCUGCCGGCGUUCGCUCGAGAUGCCGCCACUGGCCUGUACCACAUGGACAGGAAGGACUUUGUGGACAUCGAUCGGGCUGUGUGAUUCGUGUCAGAGCGGGGGUUCCGUGACCUCAGCAGGGCGUCAUCGAUGAUUGACCUCAGUCGUGUCUGGUUUCGCUGAGCCGCCACGUGAGCGACAGAAGAAAGCGGGGCGUCGACCGCGCCGACAGUCGCGCGCAAGCUUCCCCCGUGAGGCCGAGUGUGAGCGCCCUCGUUGUCUGCGUCUGCGCGCAAGCUUCCCGCGUGAGGCGCGCGAAAGCGCCCUCGUCUCCACGCGGUGGCCCACGUAAGCCGCGGCGUAAGUUCGCUACGUCUUCUUGCGAUAGGCCCGUUUCUUCUCGUCGCUCGCGUGGGUUUCUGUCUGUGGCGUCUCGCACGGCUGUGAAGCAGAGCGGCGGCCACGAUUCGGCGUGGCAGGAAGGAAGCAGGCCGUCUCGGACCCUGUGGUGCGAAAGACGAUGUGAGCACAACGGAGGCGCGACCUGUCCAGAGGCAUCCCUCCCGCGUUCGAGGAGCAGAAGACUGCAUCCGCAUACUUUCUCUGAGCUCCACGUGGGUUGCUUGGAUCGGCGCUGGUCCGCUCUGGACGUGCCUCCCGCGCCGCCACCGGCGCGCUCCGCGCGCCAGGCAUGGGGGCCGGCGUCGACCCAAGCAGCCCCCCCGGACCUCCGCGAGAUCAUGCUGCGUGCCGUUGUGUGCUCCGGCGCCUUCUGGCCGAGCCCCUGCGGCCGUGCUCCCGCGCCUGCCGCGGCGCUCCUCGAGCUGGCGGUCCCGAAGACGCUGGGCCGUGAAGGCCGGGGGCGAGCUCGGCCGGCUCCGCGGCGCGCAGGGCGGGCGGGCAGGGCGAGGAGCGCCGCGCCCCGAGAAGGCCCCGCCGCCCAGUCCGCAGGGCUCGCUCCGGUGCCUCCGGCUCCUCCGAUGCGGUGCGGUCUCGAUGGCUUCCGAUCCGAUGCGGCUUCGGACUCCGAUGUGGAUCCCGACUUCUCCAUGAGGGCCGAC